UUAUUUAAGAUCUCUGUGACUUUUAUUUUAGCACCCCUAAUAUUCCUUCUAUAACUAUAUAAUUAAAUUCAAACAAACAACACAUACAAACAGUUAAAAAAAUUAAACAAAAAUAAACAUGUUUGUAAUUUCGUUUGAUCUGAGACUUCUCACCUCAGUUCAGCUCAACUUGGCUCAACUCCCUCGUUUCCAUUCAUCUGAUUCACGUUCACAGAUAAUAACCUCGCCGAAAAUUUUUCUCACUCACUCACUAGCGUGAAGAGGUUCGUGAGGCGGUUCAAUAUUGAAAUUCGAGUAACUCUUUCAAUUUACUGUCACGAGUACCUCAAAUGAGGCAACUCAUGAGUGAGGUACCCAACUCUAUUUGGCAAUCCGAAAAUGCAAUCUAUCUGCUAGAGGGCGUCAAUCCAUUUCUGCCACUUUUUGGAUCGCCCUCUGUUGGAAAAAGUCUGUGGUUGGGUUUCAAUACUCGAUCUUUCCUUUUUGACAAAUCUAUUUAUGGCUAUUUGCAAUCUAUUUUUACGAUCCUAAAAUUUUGGUCGAUUUCAAGCAAUCUUUCGGAUUAUUUACUGUUUACAAAAUAUUUAUUUGGCUUAUUAAUUACUGAAAGAAUUAAAAUAUAACAUAAUGGCCGGAACUUUAAUGUAUAUUGAUAGUGACAGUGAUCUUGAAGUGCUGGAGCAGCUUUCAGAUUGGGAUAGUGAGGUUACUGAUGAUACUGAUGGAGACGAAGGCCAUCAGGAUCACGAAGAAGCUAUUGCCGUAUAACUACUGAUGCUGAAUUUACAUUUAGAUUUCGUCUUAACAAGGUGCGGUAGAGUUACUUUUAUCGGAAAUAAUGCCACAUGUAAAAGUAACCUGCAAUCGAAAUCAUGGAGUUGCACCACUUCACCAGUUACUCCUAACCCUCCGAUUUUAUGCAUUGGGUACAAUGCUAAUUUCUGUAGCGGAUUUCGUGGGAGUGUCAAAAUCGACCGCCAGCGUUCACGAUAUAUCUGGAGCUAUAGCCAUACUGUACAAUAAAUACAUUGUAAUGCACCCUAAUCAUGUAGACAAGUUUUUUCAAUAUGGUCAGUUCCCACGUGUCCUGGGUGCAAUUGACUGCACUCACAUACGGAUACAAUCUCCAAAUCACACGAUAGGCGAAGAGCUCAGAAACCGAAAAGGCUACUUUUCAUUAAAUAUUCAAGCCGUUUGUGAUGCUGAUUUGAAGUUUAUGAAUGUUGUAGCCCGGUGGCCUGGUUCUGCACAUGAUGCUACUAUAUUUAAUAAUUCUAUUUUAAGAGCUCAGUGUGAAGCUGGGACUUUUGGGAAUCGCUGGUUGCUGGCUGACAGUGCCUAUCCAAACAGAUGCUAUAUGUCGACACCAAUUUUAAAUCCUAGUACUAGAAAUGAGUAAAAAUGUAAUGAUGCACAUAUUGCAACUAGAAACCUUAUUGAAAGG